AUGGCAAUCCUUUACCACUCGCCGGCAUCUUCCCGAUUCCUGGGCGGGCCACCCAAAUUCAGCCCUCCCACAGCCAACAAGGCAUUUUCUUCCAGAACAUUAUCGACGGCUAGAGACCCGCCCUUCACCCUCCCCAACUGGAGAUCCGCCCGAAAGGACCCGAAGACCCAGGAGCUCAAGCUCAUCGACGCCUUCUUCUACCUGGAGCACAUGGUCGCCAAGGGCCACCGACCCGACCCGGCCAGCGCCACCCAGCUCCUCUACGACCUCUGCAAAUCGAACAAGUCCUUCAAGGCCAUCCGGGUCAUGGAGAUGCUGGUCCGAUCCGGAUCCAUACCCGACGCCGCCUCCUACACCUUCCUCGUCAGCAGCCUCUGCCGCCGUGGCAACGUCGGCCACGCGAUGCAGCUCCUUGCCACCAUGGAGGCCCAUGGCUACCCUACAGACAUGAGGACCUACAACUCCCUCCUCCGUGGCCUCUCUAUGAAUCACGACUUGGACAAAUUACUCUCCUUCGUCGAGAAAUCGAUCCAAAACGGCGGCCUCGUCCCAAACGCCUUCACCUUCUCCAUCCUCAUCAAGGCCGCCUGCAAAGAAAGGGGUGCGGACGCCGCCAUGAAUCUUCUAAACGCCCUAACACCCCUCUGGGGAGUCCCCAAUUUAGCUAGCUACAACGUGAUUUUGAAGGGUUUGUGCAGUGAGGGUAGAAUCGGGGAGGCCAUUAAUCUCUUCCGCAGCCUGCCGGCCAUGGGUUUCAGCCCGAACGUGAUCAGCUACAACAUAUUGCUAAAAACCUUGUGCUAUGGGCAGCGGUGGGAAGAAGCCAACGAGCUCCUGAUGGAAAUGGAUGGCGGAGAUCGCGCCCCAUCCCUCGUCACUUACAACAUACUAAUCGGCUCACUCGCGACUCACGGGCUAACCGACUGGGCCCUGGAAGUCGUGGACCAGCUUUUCAGCGACGGACGUUUCAACCCAGAUGCCGACAGCUACAACCCAAUCCUCGCCCGUUUAUGCAAAGAAAGGCGAGUCGACUCGGUUUCGAAAUGUCUAGACGAGAUGAAAUCUCGGAAUUGCAUCCCGAACGAGACGACUUACUGCUCGAUCGCCACGCUGUGCGACGAGGGCAUGGCGGACGAGGCGUUUUCGAUCUUCCGGACAUUAGGGGAAGGGAGGAGUGGCGGAUUCUACAGGGAAGUGGUGAGUGUGCUUUGCGGGAAGAAGAAAACGAGGGCGGCGCUUGAGCUGCUGGUGCAGAUGGUGACAUCAGCAGACGAGGGGUUCGAGUUCGAGUUCGAGUCUUGCACGUACUCGUCGGUUAUAAGGGGGCUUUGUUUGGAAGGAAUGGUGGAGGCGGCGGUUGGGGUUGUGCGGGAGAUGGAUGACGUGGCGGACGUGAACAACUACAACACGGUGUUGGUGGGGCUGUGCAAGCGCGGGAGGACGGAGGUUGGGUUGGAGGUGGUGAUUGAGAUGGUGGGGAAAGGGAGAAUGCCGAGCGAGGCCACGUAUGCUAUUCUGGUGGAGGGUUUGGUGCGUGAGGGGGAGAAGGGGUUAGCUGCAGGGCUGCUCAAGGAGCUUUCGGAAAGGGAGGUAGUCGGGAAGAGCACUGCCGAGAGGCUGACGAUGCAGCAUGAUCUUGACCUCACUAGAUGA